AGUGAGAAUUCACCCACAAGAAACAUCUGGAGUCAUGAAAAUAAUUGUGUUUUUCAUUCUUAUCUCAGUGUCGAGUUCACAUCAAUUAACUGGGCCCAAGAAGGUUCGUGGAGAAGUUGGAGGUUCAGUCACUGUCGACUGUCACUAUGAUCAGAAAUACAAGGAGCAUAUUAAAAAAUGGUGUCAGGGUCUUACCAUCCUUUACUGUCCUGUUAUUGUUUCAACUGAUUAUCCAAAAAAGGAACGAGUAUCAUUGACCGAUAACAAAACACAUGGGAUAUUUUCAGUAACCAUGGAUAACCUGAGGAAGAGUGAUGAAGGAGUAUACUGGUGUGAAAUAGAAGUACCUUUACUAAAUGUAAGGGAUUCCAUCAAAUUAGACGUUUUUGAAGCGCCGACAUGGGGCUCGACAAUGGGACCAACCAGCAGCACAGCAGGAACUACUCCGCCUCCUGUUACAACGGCUCGCGUCACAUCUCCCUCCACCAUCAGCUCACCCAGUGAUGGAGGUUCACAAUCAAAUCAGAUGGACAGCUGGCAAAUUAUUCUAACCGUAGUCAUCCUGAUCAUCUUCCUUCUGCUCACUGCCGCUGUUCUCUUUUAUGCAAAAUUAAAACAGCAGAAGAAAAGUGUCACAGUUGAACCGAAUACUCCUGGUGUUGGUAGUCCUGCUUCCUCUGUCAUGGAGGAUACAAAUGUGAUAUACUCCACUGUGAAGAAGGUACCCAAAGCUAACUUGGAAAGUACUUAUAUUAAUCUGCAGGAUCUUCCACCUCAAAGAACUGCUAAAGACCAAAGUUCAUCAGACUUGGUCGAAUAUUCCACUGUUCGCUUCAGAUCAUAAUGAAGUAACCCAAAACAGGAACUGUGUAUACUUUCUCCAGCAAUGCGGCUUAAUUAGACUUCGAAGCAACCCCAAUAUAAUAGUUCUCAACAGGUUUGUGGGUACAAACGUAGCAUUUUUUUAAACCAAUGUUUUGAUAGGUCUUUUGAGUGAUUCAGUUGAGAGGUUACUGCAUUGGACCUCAACAUAGACUUGACUUCAUUAUUUCUCUGACUUUUAAAAUAUGCCAUUAUCAUAUCAAACAAAUACAUUUUGCAG